AUAGUAGUAGAUAAUAAAAAAUAGCACUGAAAUAAUAAACUAAUCAAAACGAAUUAGGGAUCACUUUUAUGUGUAUCUGUAUUUAUUAUGUUUAUUAAUGUAUCCCGUUUGUUUAUAGCAGCGUAUCAUCAUAACAAUUUGGCCUUUUUUCAUGCAUAAAUUGAUACAGAAACGAAAUUCUUUCCAGCCAUGAAAAAAUAGCCAUAGAGGCGCAUAAAUUACAUAAAAUAAGUUUCUUAUUUAGUGGGAUUUUGCUUCCUUGAUAGUCAAAACUGGUGUUAAAUAUGGAAAAUUUUAAUGUUUUGGGGAGACCAAACGGUGUUAGGCGUUUAAAUCUUGAAGAAGUCAUCAGAGCCAUAACUUGUAGGAGGUUCGGUCGCAACGAUACGUGUCGCAGCUUUUGCAUGUUACACAAUUGGUCAUUUCUAGACUAUAGAAUUGACACAGUGAAUAUGGUUUUGUCGUCCACAGACCAUAUCUUCAAGGAAUAAAGCGGACACGAGGUGGGAAGAUCGGUAUCAUGAUCAAGCCGCCCUUCGUGAAAGAACACUUACCGUAGAAACCAACAAAAUCUUCUUACUAUCGCCAGAGGAACGCGAAUUUCAACCCAGAUUGCAAGAAAUAGGCUGCAUGAAGUUAACAUUCGAAGGCAAGCAGCUGUGUCUUUCGUAAAGAAUUGGCUCAUGAUGCCUGCAGAAAUAACUCAUCCCAUAUUAUUCUCCAUACCUAUUCCAUAUUAUUCUCCACUUUUUUCACAAAGUUCAUGUUUUUCUAUAUUCUUUUGUAACUUCAUAAUUAGUUUUGUUAUCUAGCCUUUUACAGGAAACUCAUUUAAAUAAUACUACUAGCUAUUUAAUUCUAAAAUUUGGGUUGGUUAGGUUUGGGGUUUUGUAUGGGAAAUUAAAAAAGGUAUUUUAUAUAAUCCGAACUGACUGUAUUAUUUGCUCACCAAACCUAAAAGAUUUUAAGAUGCUACUGUCAAACAUAAAUACGGUAAUAUUAGGUUACUUUGAAUAAAACAAUGAAGUCAGACCAUGUGCGGUUCAAGUACCACAACAUAAAAUGGUCGGAAGCCCGGGUUCUCCACAAGGAACAUCAAUGGAAAAAGUUUAUAUUUAAAGAAGCCGUAUUAACAUCAUCUUAAUCAUCUCUCCUGUAUCUUUAAAAACAUGAUUAUUGAAGAAUAUCAAAACCGUUGCCGGCUUACUGGAACUGUGCGUCGGCAACCUAUCCAGUGGGAAGAGUUAUCACAUGCCUUGAAAUUAGUAAAUCGACUAGAAUGGUAGUGUGACUAGCACACCGCUUCAAUCAUCUUUUAGAUUGAAAUUCUAAAUUCCAAGUAGUCAUUUAAAGCUCAGUCGAAUUGCUGUCAAUUAGUAAAAAAUCCGACUGAUGAUGAUAUGAUAUCGCGUAGUUUAAUAAUGUAUACUCUAGCCCAGGGUUUCUUAAAGUGCGGUCCAUAGCAUACGUAUGUAUAAGGAGCCCGCGGUCCGCAUUACUCCAGUUAACUGUAAACAUAUUUAUUAAGAAAAGAAAUAGUGUAGGGCGGCGAACAUCCCUAGGCUCGGUUUGAAAAGUCCGGCACUUUACCUAAACUUGGAUUCACCCCGACGCAAAAACCAUGUCUUGAGGCAUCGUACAAGGUUGCAUACCGUAUUGCUCAGCAAAAGAAGCCACACACUAUCGCGAAAACAUUAGUGAAACUCUGCGCACUGGAUAUUGUGGAACUUGUCUGUGGUAAGGAUAAAAAAAACAAAGUUGAAGCUGUUCUCUUAUCAAACGAUGUUAUUCGUUCUAGAAUUGCUGAAUAUUGUCAAAUGUUUUACAAGUUGUUGAAUGAAUUGCUUCCCCGUUUCCAUUCAGCAUUCAAAUGGAUGAAAGUACCGAUGUGUCACAUUGUAGCCAACUCUUGGUAUUUGUCCGUUACGUACAACAAGGCACACGUAGUAUUAAAGAAGAGUCUUUUUUGCAAUUCACUUUUGGAGACUACAAAAGCUGGACUGGAAGACUAGACUUGGUAGUAUCUGCACCGAUGGAGCUCCCGCAAUGCUUGGUGAUACGUCUGGUUUCGCGGCUUUGCUUAAGAAAGAGAUUCCUCAAGUCAUAAUAACUCAUUGUGUCUUACAUCGACAUGCCUUGGCUUCACGAACUUUACCUACUAGUCCAAGAUCCCAGAGCUCCCAGACGUCACUUAUUUUCUGAUGGACAAAAUAUAUACGAGUGAGUAGUGGUGGGGUGUGCUAUGAUCAUAUGACUAGUUGCUACCUUGGCCAGACGGCCCUUUUUCAGGUAGCAAUUAAUCAAGGUACAUAGAAAUACUGCUCACUUCACUUAAAUUCUGAUAGCUGAUUUUAACAUAUAUUUCACACAAUAUCGUUAAAAAUCAGGAUUCAUUACUCCCAGACACAUGCGGUCGGCGGUUUUACCUUACAGACGCUUCAAAGCUAUUAAAAAAAUUAAUUAAGGUCACUUAUUUUCUGAUGCUUGAUUUUUAUAUAUGUUAUUCAAACAACUAUUUUAAAACGUUUUGCAAACGGACAGACCGAUCCAAGGGGCCAAACAUUCACCAGACCCAAUUUUCAUGUCGCUGAGAGUAGGGGCACGGGCAUUAUCCGUGCGCAUAAGUGCGAGUGAGACAGACAUGAGUGUCAUUGCUUCUCUCCUUCUAUUCGGUUUACUCUUACCCACUAGUUAAUGUAUCGCGUCUGUUGAGUGCGUCAGCUGUGUUGUGAUUUAAGUAGCAAUUCGUAUAAAAAAAUACAAAUAUUUGCAGUGUUUGAAAAAAUAUAAUGGCUAAUUUGUUAAAUUGUGUAUUUUGCAAUAAUUGUGAUGAAAAUUUAAUAUUAUUUACGGAAGAGACAUUAAAAAAGUGUCGAGUGAUUUUACAGCAUAGAAAGGAACAUAACCUAAAAUUUAAAGACGUUGUUUUGCCGGGUGAACUAUUUGAAAGUGGUUAUCACAGAAACUGUUACAAAUCGUUUACAGGGUUAAAUAAAAAGUACUAUUUACCAAAAAAUACGGCAACCGAGAAAGCUAAUUCAACAGAAAAGUUAUUAAGCAUUGCAGAAAAUUUAUCCACUGAUAUCUCAACGACAGUUGAAUUAGAUACACAAUGUAUUCAGCCAGAAGCAUCUACGUCUCAACAUUUUAAUCCAGCAGCAGCUGUUAUACCUGACACUACUACAAUACCUAGCCCAUCUGUCUUACCUGAGUUGGUCGAACCGGAUUUUCCAAGAUUAGAAGAAUAUAUUGAUCAUCCUGAAAAUAUUGAUUCACUUUCUGACAGUAAUACUGCAGUUGAUAUCGAUGUAAAUAAUUCUCCAAAUAAUCUUACUUGUAUAUAUUGUGAUCAAAAAACUAAAAAGCACAAGUCUAAACGAUUGCCUCUAAUUACGUCAGAUAAAAAUGUAUUUCUAUCUAAAGCUAAAAAUCAAUAUGAAAAUCAUACAGAAUUCUUGGAAAAAAUUGUAAAUUAUCCACAUUCUAAAAUACACUAUCACAAUAUCUGUCAAUUAAAUUUUUCUUAUGAAACUUCAUCAAACAAAAAAACUACUACAACUCAUUGGCAUAGUCUUCGUGAACAACACCGAGCAGCUUUUCAUGAAAUAUGUUCUUUUAUUGAAGAAAAUAUAAUUCAAAAAGGACGGUGUUACUUCCUGAGUUAUAUUUGUCGAUGUUAUAUCGGAUUAUUAGAUGAAAGUGAUGAAAAUAAUGAUGUCGGAAUUAGAGGGGAUUUUAAAGCACACAUUUUGGAAUCAAAAAUUAAGAAAAAAUAUGGUAAAGAGAUAAAAAUUUUUAUUAUUCAGAAUAAAAAAUUAGUCGCGCCGAAAAAUGUAGUGGCUAUUGAUGAGCAAACACUCGAAAGUCUAAAAGAUGAAGAUAUUUUACUUAAAGCUGCUCUAUUAUUGAGAAAAUCUGUUUUACAAGCUGAAAAAAAAAAGUUACCUCAUAACUUAACAAUACAACAUUUGCAGGACGGAGAAAUAUCUGUGCCACAAGAUCUACUGGACUUUUAUUCUACUUUGAUAGCCGGUAAUAAUCGAAGACGUAAAAAUAAUCAAAAGUGUAUCCGUCAAGUCAAGUCAUAUUGUGAAGAUGUCGUCUAUAGCAUUUACAAUGGAAAAAUAAAAACAUCAAAGCAUAUUAUGCUCGGAAUGGCUUUAAAAAGUCUAACAAGUAGCCGCAAAAUUAUUGAUAUAAUACAUAGAUAUGGGCAUUGUAUCAGUUAUCCUGGAGUGGAAGAGCUCGAAACAGAAGCAACAUAUACAUCAGUUGAAAAAUCAAGUGUAUGUCCUGAAACAAUUAAAAAAUCACCAGAUCUCUGCACCGGUCUUGCUUUCGAUAAUUUUGAUCGUUUCGUGGAGACAAAGACUGGUAAAGAUACAUUGCACGAUACAGUUGGUAUUAUUUACCAGAAUAUUGAUAUGAACACCCCAGAUGAACCGCAAUUAAUAAAUAUCACCGAUGCUCAUACCGAAGUAUCUAUCAACUCGCAAAAAAGGAGACGGAGAACUUUUGAUGCUAUUUCUAUGGAAAUUAGUGAAGAACCAUUGGUUAAAAAAAUGAAGAUAACAGAUCUAGAAGCGUCAGCUUGUGAAGAUACAGAACCUAUAAAUUUACCACUGUACAAAACGAUCGAUACGCUGUGGAUGUUUAGCCAUGCUCUCCAGUUACCGAAUGUUCCAAUGUGGGUUGGAUUUAAUUCUUUUCUAGUUGACAAUAAUAGCCCACAACAAAUAGUUUCAUAUCUAACUCCAAUAAAUCAAUCGCCUACUAACAAAUCAGUAGUUUUGGAGACUAUGAAACAGAGUCAACAAAUUUGUGAAGAAGUGAAGCAGUCAUCCAUCCAAGUUACUUAUGAUCUUGCGAUUGCAAAAAUAGCCUUACAAAUUCAAGCUAGCCACAAACCAGAUCUUGAUAAUUUAUUCAUACAUUUGGGGCCAUUCCAUAUAAUGAUGGCUUACUUCAAAACUAUAGGAAAAUUUAUUAUGCAUUGUGGCUUAACAAACGUCAUGGUACAGAGUAAUUUAUUAGCAUCCGGCUCUGUAAAUGGAUUUCUGGAGGGAAAACAUUUCAAUAGGUGUAAAAGGCUUCACCCUUUGAUGGCUGUAGGUUUGGAAAUUUUACAUUUUAAAUCGUUUUUGGAGAGUAAUAAUAUUACUAUCAGUGAUCAAAUUAUCCAAGAAAUCACACGACUAAGAACGUCUUCAAUAUCUUCACUUACAAUUGAGGAUGACGAGCUUAAUGCAUUAUUACAGAAUUAUGAUAUUUAUAAGCAAAAAACCCUCAAUGGCGAGUUUGGUAAAACUCCACAGUUUUAUUUAAUCUAUAUAAAUCUUGUUCAUCAUUAUUUAACCUUGUCAAGAAGCAUACGUUGUGGAGAUUUUGAAUUAUUUAAGUUUGUACUGCCAAAAAUUACUAACUUAUUUUUCAUAUGCAAUCAACAGAAUUAUGCUCGUUGGACAGUUAAAUACAGUAAUAAUUUGUUAAAAGUUGCCGAAACUCAUCCUGACUUGUAUGAACAGUUCAAAAAUGGUUUUUUUUGCAUUCAAAGAACUAGUAAGCCUUUUUCUAAGCAACCGAUUGACUUAGUCCUGGAACAAACCAUUAAUGCAGAUGCAGCCAGGAGACUCACAGGAAUAAUCCAAUUCACCAAUUCCAUAUCAGCACGCCAACGAUGGGCUCGCAGUCAUGAUAUACGAUCAACAAUAAUUAGUUCUGUUUAUAAAGAUCUAGACUUACAACAAAUACAAGAUGUUACAGCCGAGGUGUCUAAUCAUAAUAUGAAGAAUGAUACCAAACAAUUACAAAAAUUUAUCGACGAAUUCGAUCGAUUCAUCAAUCCGUUUAGUCCUGAAGUACCACAAGAUCUUUUGCUUAAUAUUUCAUCUGGAAAAGCAGCCUCAGAGGUCGUAGAAAAAUUUCUUCUCAAUGUUGAGAAGAAUGGAGACAUAAGACGUCAAACAUUCAUCGCAGAAUGUAAAAACGAUGAAUAUAGGUUCGAAAAGAGCAUAAAAAAAGUGCCACUGGAAAACUUUUCUUUAGAUUAUGCUAAGAAAACAACAACAACUAAGGUAGGUGGUAAAGUGCUAGAAGUACGUACUCAAAGAGAUCUGUUUGGGCGGAUGCUUGGAAUAUCGAUUGAUCACAAAGUCGAUAUAGCCAAAAUUUUAUCAUACCCCAUAACGCCAGUGCCAUUAUCCAUGUGUCAUUUCGACGGUGGCAUCUGUAAAACCCAAAAGUCGGUUCUGAUGAAAUCAUUGGAAAAAGGCGUACAACACAACCUACCUUCUCACAUUGAUAUUUUGAUAAUUGAUGGUUUCUUUCUGCUCUAUACUAUGAAUAAUGUGCCUAAAACUUUUGGAAAUAUCGCAAAAAAAUUACUACAAAUGGUGACACAGUUGAAAGCCACGAGAUAUGAUGUCAUAUUUGAUCAGUAUUUUUCCCCUUCCAUUAAAGAUUAUGAAAGAUCUCGCCGAUAUGAAUCAUCACUACUGGAAUUCAACAUUACUGGGCCAGAUCAAGUUCGUCCAUCAAAUUUCACGAAAGAGUUAAAAAAUAUCCACUUCAAACAGGCUCUCGUUGAUUUCUUCAUAUUGCACUGGACUAGUGAGGAGAUGAUUCCAUUCAUUGGUAAUAAUCAAGUUUACAUUAAUUUUCGACAAUGUCACUCUUUCACCGUGAGUAAUAAUAAAGUUAUGUCUGAAAUCAAUGAAGAUUUAUCGUGUCCCCAGCAUGAGGAAGCUGAUACAAAGAUUGUUUAUCAUGUUUGCAACACUGAUGCUCGAGCUAAUUUUGUGAUACGAUGUUCAGAUACGGAUAUUGCAGCGAUAAUGCUAGGAAAUAUGCAUCAUUUAAAAAAUGAUGAUUCACACGUGUGGAUAUUAACCGGCACUGGUAACAAUCAGCGAUAUGUUGAUAUUAGCAGUAUCUACAAACAGUUAGGACCGUCGUUAUGUCGAAGUCUACCAGGAUUCCAUGCUAUUACUGGAUGCGAUUAUAAUCCCGCAUUUUUCAAAAAGGGAAAACAAAGGCCGUUUAGUAUUCUUAAAAAAAAUAAAGAAUACCAACAAGCAUUUCUCACCUUUGGCACGUUGAAUUUGAUCGAUGAUGUAGACGAAGAAGAACGUGUAUUCAAUAUAGUACAAAGAUUUAUAUGUGAUGUUUAUAACGUACCAGGAGUAAUGGAUGUAAAUGCUGCCAGACUUCAGCUGUUUAUUAAUACAUAUAUGGUAUGUGAUGUUAAUGAAAAAUUUAUGCAAAAAAAUAUGAAAAACUUCGAUGCUACUAACUUACCACCUUGUAAAAGCGAACUUCGGCAACAGUUUCGACGAGCUAACUAUAUUGCUAGUGUUUGGAACAAUGCUAGUGCAAAAAUGAUUAAUAUUUUCAAUCCCGAAAAUUUUGGCUGGACAUUAGAAGAUGAUAAAUAUCAUUUUCAUUGGUUUGAUGGAGAUCAAUUGCCGGAUUUUGUCAGUCAGUCCUUGGAGGAAGAAUUAGCGAAAACGCCCGAGGAAAAUACUGAUGAACAAGAUGAUGAUUUAGAUAUUCAAUAUCAAGAUAGGAUCGAUGAUGAAUUACCUGACUUCAACGACGAUGACAAUGAAGAUUAGAAGCCAGUCGAAUAUUUACAAAUCAAUCUUACAAACUUAUGUAAAAAAAUAUUUGUCGAUUUUUGAUAGUUUUUUAAGGUUCGUUACAAAUAAAUAAUUAUUUGAAAAGGUUGCUGUUAUUUAAUUAAAUUAUUAAUACUUUGUAAACCUUUUGAUAUUUACUUUAAAAAUUUAAAAUUAACUUACUUAAAAAAAUUUAAAUUAAUAAAACAGUUUGUAAGGUACAAUUGUAUAAUUAUUGCGGUCAGAUGAGCACUUUUCUCAAAGUUAAUCUUUGAUUAUUUACGUGAUUUUCAAAUAGAAGGAGAGAAGCAAUGACACUCAUGUCUGUCUCACUCGCACUUAUGCGCACGGAUAAUGCCCGUGCCCCUACUCUCAGCGACAUGAAAAUUGGGUCUGGUGAAUGUUUGGCCCCUUGGAUCGGUCUGUCCGUUUGCAAAACGUUUUAAAAUAGUUGUUUGAAUAACAUAUAUAAAAAUCAAGCAUCA